AUCUGCUCGGCCCGGCCCCACCCCGGUCCUCGCCGAGGCCCUGCCCACCGGGUCCCCGGGUGACAGCGGGCGCUGGCUGCGGCGGGCUGGAGCCUGAGUGCCGGGUAGGCAGACCUUAGGUCGGACCUGUCCCCCCCCAAACCCACCGCUGCAACGCGGGGCCCGGGUGUUCUCAGCGCCCCGGCCUUCCGCCCAUCGCCACCACCCCUAGCUUCUCAGACUGAGCUCGGCGCCCCGGAGAGGAUUAAAACCCAGGAAGGCAGGAGGCUGGCUGGCUUUAAGGAAGUGUCUGUACCAGUGGCCACCACAGUAGUCACAGGGCUGGUCAUUCCGGAUGUCAGAAGGGAGUGGACAGGUUGACUGACCAGUGGCAGUCUUCCAGCGCCAGCAUGAAUUCCAGGGGCCCAGUUUCUCAGGGAUGGUUCAGCAGCCACUCGCCCACCAUUGAGCCUGACUUGGAGCCUGCCACCGAUGGGACCACCUCUGAGACCACCACCCUCAGCCCAGAAACCACAAGCUUCAAUGACACCAGAAUCCCUGAUGCGGCAGGUGGCACAGCGGGUGUGGGUACCAUGCUUCUGUCAUUUGGGAUUAUCACAGUGAUUGGCUUGGCUGUGGCCAUGGUUUUGCACAUCAGGAAGAAGAAGAGGCUGGAGAAGCUUCGUCACCAGCUCAUGCCCAUGUACAACUUCGACCCCACAGAGGAGCAAGAUGAACUGGAGCAGGAGCUGUUGGAACACGGGAGGGACGCAGCCUCCGUGCAGGCUGCGACCUCUCUGCACGCCACACAGGGCAAGGGCACUGUCCCUUCCCAGGGUCCGCUGCAGAGGCCUAGCCGGCUGGUUUUUACUGACGUAGCCAAUGCCAUCCAUGCAUGAGUGGCCCAAGGACAGGACAGGCCUGGACCUCUGACAGAGACACUCGUCGCAAAGCUGCCCACUCUCUGACUGCCAAGACCGGUUCUCAGGACCAACGCUGCCAAGACAGGAAAGGGCCGGUCCAGGCCCAAGCUGUGCUGCGGACUAACCCACUGGCUGUCCGGGCUCAGAGAGAGAGCCCUGGCCGGGCUGGCCACCUGGCUACUGAUCACUCCCGAUUCCUCGAGCAGGAACUCUGUGGAGCCACUGCUGGUCCCCUGGUCUACCGGCCACACCCUCACAUUAAGGUGGGCUUCUCUGAUGGGGAGGAAAUGGGUGAGAGACAUAGGAAAGGAAGGAAGAAGAAGAAGAGAAAGAGAAUUCUGCUCUGCCUGGGACAGAUCUUUUUUUUUUUUGAGUCCUGGAGCCUCUUCUGGGAUGGAGCGUGACAACCACCACAGGGACAAGGCGGGGCAGCACUGUUUAUGGAACCCCAAGAGGCCCAGGGAUGGAGCUAAAAGUGCCCCCUCCGCAAGAUGCCAGGGGAAAGGGCUACUCACACCCAGAGCCCCAUCUACCUUGCAGGGUGCCCAGUCACAUAUCCUUGGCAGCCACUUUUGUUUUCUGGGUCGAAGGAAGGAAGGAGGGAUGGAUGCUGGGGAAGAAUGAACUGGGGGACACAUAUGGGAGGAUGCAGCCUCCUGGAUUUGGGGGAAAGCUAUAUAAGCAUGUGGGUCCCACGCAGACAUAGGUGUAUCUCAGCACAGGGGGCAGGUUGUAGCUCUGGCUCCACCUUCCAAGUUGACCCCACCCCAUGAUAUGUAAUGGAGCAUUGGGCUGAGCCACCCCCUCAUCUUCAGUGUUUGUGGGUUUCAGGGAAGAGGAAAACAUGGGUGGGUUCUGUGGUUCAUUGCAUUUCUUCAGUGGGCUCUAAAGGCUGGACUGACCUGCUUCCGGGAAGGGCUCCCUGAGUGUAUUGGGAACUGGGUUCUGGGAGAGGCUGUGUGGCCUCCCCCUAAGUCUUGAAGGGUCAUGGCUGAUGCCAGGAACAUCUGUGCAGGGCAGUGGGCAGACAUAGACACCCCCAAAGAGCCAGGCAGUCUUUCUUUUUUUUCUUUUUUAACUAUUACAUCUCUAUUCAGGAAUAUAUGAGGGAGAGGGAAGGUUCGCAAACCCAGGAAGGGAAAAUGGAUAUACCCACAUGGUCCAAGAGCCCGUGUGGGAGUUGAACAUGAGUCUGGAAAAAAAAUGUCAAAAGGGAUUUUAGGUUUAGAGUGGAAAAGAAAAGUAUUGAGAGCUCCUGCCAUGUGGAAGGCAGGAAGGGGGUGAGAGCAAGGGUUGGGAGUCCCCCAUCUCAGCCCAGCCAGGUAGAGACAAUGGGGGGAUUACCAGAGUAAUCCUGGGACCUGGAAAUUCUGAACAGCUUCAAAGCCAGGGCAUGGUGGCGCACGCCUUUAAUCCCAGCACCCAGGAGGCAGAGGGAGGAGGAUCGCCGUGAGUUCAAGGCCACCCUGAGACUACAUGGUGAAUUCCAGGUCAGCCUGGGCUAGAGUGAGACCUUACCUUGAAGAAAAAAAAAAAAUGAAAGAAAGAAAGAAAAAGAAGAGCAAGCCAGGCAGUUUUUCUACCUUGGGCACACACUCACAUGAGCACACACAUAGACGUGUCUCCAGCUUCACUACCAUUGCUGUCCUCUGCUGGUUAGAGGGGACACGGGGGUGGCAUGUACACAUCAUUCAUCAGCAAAUACCACAUGUCAGGAGGUGAGAGCCUACAAGGUCCCCAUGGGGAAGAUUCUGGAUUUAUUCCCUCAGCUACAUGCUAUAAAUACAUUAGCACUUGAGCAACUGGAGAGCUGUGAGUAAUUUAGAAUGCACAAAGCUGUAAUUUAACUCACAGCAUCUCUAUGUGUGAGAGUAUUAAAGAUGUAAUUAAGAUGUUUACCCAAAGAGAUUGGAGCCUGUGACAUUUGGGGUGCAGAACCCCAGGAGGGGACAGAAUGGGUGAGCAAGGAUCUGUCGGAGGCCUGGGGACAGUCGCCUGGGUCCCAGAUUAUGAGGUGGCAGGCAAGCCAGUUAGUUUUCCAUGAUCUAGCUGAGAAGCUCUGGACCUGAGUUCAGGGCUGCUGUGGAGGCUCACAUCUUGACUGAGAGAUGGGAUCACAUUGUCUGCCUCUCCUUGGCGUGGAGAAUUCAAGUUAAUAGGGCCUUUGGGACUAAAGCAGAAAGAGGGCUUGAGUCCCAAGGCCUCAAGGGUGACAGGGUGGUUAGGGUAUCUCCGGACCCCCCAGGAACAGCGUCUGAAACACACAAGGAAAGAAAUACCAUGGCCUCUCUCAGCGCACGGGGCAUAGGAUAUGGGUGGCAUAGAGUAGGCUAUGGUUAGGGUUAUGUGCUCAGGGCCCCCCCCAUAAGGCUAGAAGGGUUUGGAGGUGACACUAGGGUGAUCAGCCAUUGUAUUUUGCUUAAGAAUGUUCUGGUUUGGUUUUCAUUAAUAUCUGUUUUGGUGCAUGUAUAAUCCAUAUGUGGGGUGGGGGGCAUGUGCAUGCCGUGGCACUCACACGGAGAGCAGGUGACUUUUGGGUCCGACCUUGCCUUCCACCUCAUUUGAGGCAGGGUCUCACACCCUCAUUGUUCACCUCUGAGUUCACCUGACCAGCCAGUCCACAGGUCUCUGGUAAAUUCUCUUACCUCGGUCACCCUUCUUGCCCUCCAUGUGCUUGAAUUAAAGAAGCCUGCCAUGGC